AUGGAGUACUUUGAUGCAAGGCGGAAGCCUCAUAAUGUUGGGAAAAUCAUUGCAGCCCUGGUCCUCACAACACUCUGUAUAUUUGUUCUGAAGCAAUCUCCUGGUUUUGGUGGCAAUAGCGUGUUUUCUCUCCAUGAACCUGGGGUUACCCACGUCUUAAUAACAGGAGGAGCUGGUUAUAUUGGUUCACAUGCCGCUUUAAGGCUCUUAAAGGAUAACUAUCGAGUUACCAUUGUGGAUAAUCUAUCGAGAGGAAAUAUGGGAGCAGUAAAGGUUCUGCAGGGCUUAUUUCCGCAGCCUGGGAGACUACAAUUCAUCUUUGCUGAUCUGGGGGACCAGAAAUCUGUCAACAAGAUAUUUGCUGAAAAUGCAUUUGAUGCUGUGAUGAAUUUUGCAGCUGUUGCUUAUGUGGGAGAGAGCACAUUGGAACCCCUUAGGUACUAUCACAAUAUUACAUCGAACACUUUACUGAUUUUGGAGGCUAUGGCAUCUCAUGGAGUCAAAACCCUCAUCUACUCCAGUACAUGUGCUACCUACGGAGAACCAGAGAAGAUGCCUAUUACAGAAGCCACACCUCAGUUCCCUAUCAAUCCAUAUGGAAAAGCUAAGAAAAUGGCAGAGGAUAUCAUAUUAGAUUUCUCAAAGUCGAAGGGAGCUGACAUGGCUGUCAUGAUUUUAAGAUAUUUCAAUGUUAUUGGCUCUGACCCUGAGGGAAGAUUAGGUGAGGCUCCUAGGCCAGAACUCCGAGAGCAUGGUCGGAUAUCUGGGGCAUGCUUUGAUGCAGCAUUAGGAGUCAUUCCAGGAUUAAAGGUUAAAGGAACAGAUUAUCCCACAGCUGAUGGAACCUGCAUAAGAGAUUAUAUUGAUGUCACAGAUUUAGUUGAUGCUCAUGUGAAAGCACUCAACAAGGCAGAGCCUAGAAAAGUCGGCAUUUACAAUGUUGGAACAGGAAGAGGUCGCUCGGUUAAUGAGUUUGUUGAUGCCUGCAAGAAGGCAACUGGGGUUAACAUCAAAAUUGAGUACCUCAGCAGAAGGCCAGGAGAUUAUGCAGAAGUAUACAGCGACCCAACAAAGAUCAACAAGGAGCUCAACUGGACAGCUCAAUAUACCGAUCUCAAAGAGAGCCUGUCAGUCGCAUGGAGGUGGCAAAAGUCGCAUCCGCACGGCUACGGGCAAAACUAA